ACAGGGGUAUUUCAUUUUUUUAAAGACUUGCUAAAAUAGUGAGCUUGCUGUUGUUUUGACUGGAGAAUAAACCUGCAGAAAACAGACCGCGACGUAAGGAAAAUGCAUAACGAAUAGAUGGCAAAAAUACAUUGCUAGCACAGACUCAUUGGGGGCAGGUUCUGGGCAGACUGCUAUGGGAAGAUAAAACAACAAACAGUCUUUCAGACGCCCCCCCCCGUUCUAAUAACAAAGCCACUUUUACAGCCCUCAAUAACCGGGAGUCACACCAUUGCAUUUGAUGUAAGAACCAGUUUGUUCUGCAUGACUGGGUGACGCCAGGCGCCCUCUCAUUACACACUAGCCUAAUACUAGUUUGAUUCCAACCGACUACGCACUUCUCCAGGACUGCUGAACAACCACCGUGCUGCUUUGUUUUUUUAUUCUACACGUGUCGUCAGUAUGGCUCAACUGAAGUUAUCACUUUGCGUGUUGCUGUCUAUUUUUUUCGCUUCGGUUUUGACCACAGACAGCUCCAUUCAGUUUGCGUCCGAAAGUCUCAGUUCCUCUUCGUUUCGCUCGGUGUGUAAGCCCAUCCCCAGCACACUUUCUCUGUGCCACGGCGUCGGUUACGGGGAUAUGCGACUGCCCAACCUGCUUGGGCACGACUCAUUGAAAGAAGCCCAGCAACAGUCGGCCGCCUGGCUGCCGUUGGUCUCCAAACUCUGCCAUCGGGAUACCAAGAAGUUCUUGUGCUCGCUAUUCGCCCCGGUGUGCCUACCGGAGGGGCCCGUGCGCCCCUGCCGUGGGCUGUGCGAGGCUGUGAGGGACAGUUGUCUCCCUGUGAUGAGCGCGUUCGGGUUCCCGUGGCCCGACAUGUUCAACUGCACACAGUUCCCACGCGGGGUCCAUCUCUGUAUUCCCACCACGACCCAAGACACACAGCGUGCGCGGAAGGGAGAGGAAGUGGGUCACGAGGAGGCAUCAGAGGGAACAGUGAUCUGUGACUCAUGCAGUCUGGCUGCUGAGGGGGAGACAGACAUCCAGAACAACUUCUGCAAGAGUCCAUAUGCCUUUAAACUGCUUAUCGGGAGUGUGUCUGUGGAGGGGGGUGACUGCAGGUUAGUCCCUCUGGGCCGGAGUCGCAUCCUGAGGUGGGAGGGUGGAGGCACGGAGAGGGCUGAGGGCGUCCGGGGGGCAGUGGCCUACAGUGCCCUUUGGCUGCAGGAAGGGGGUACCUGCACCUGUCCUGCCCUGGAGGAGGCACAUGGGGGAGGGGGGAAGGGGUCCGUGGCAGGGGUGUGGUACCUGGGCCUUGCUGACAUACAGGAGGGCAGGUUGAUCCUCUCUAGCCUUGUGAGAUGGAGGAAGGGGGACAAAGAACUAAAGAAGUUCAUCAGGAGACUGCUCAAACAACCCUGCUGAUGAUGUCUUCAAACAAGCAUAAAGAGACUUUCCAAUUUGGCCAAUUGGAUGCGUAUGAGAGGACACCACAGCCCUGUUACAUGUCAGCCUCUUGGCCUAGACCCUAUCCCUUCAAUAUCCCUUUCAUAUCCCUUCAAUAUCCCUUUCAUAUCCCUUCAAUAUCCCUUUCAUAUUCAUAUCAUCUAGCUCUGGAGAAGUUGUGCCUUCAUCAUAGGGCUCCAGAGUGACUCAGGGGUUUAAGAUACUGCAUCUCAGUGCAAGAGGUGUCACUACAUUCCCUGGUUCGAAUCCAGGCAGAAUCACAUCCGGCCGUGAUUGGGAGUCUCAUAGGGUGGCACACAAUUGGUCCAGUCGUCUGGGUUUGGUUGUCAUUAUAAAUAAGAAUUUGUUCUUAACUGACUUUCCUAGAUAAAUAAAGGUUAAAUAAAUAAAAAUAAGAAUAAUUAAGUAUCUACCCAGUCUGUUCAGAUCUACGAAGACCUGCUAGGCAGAAGAGAGACUAUCAGAGGACCAGUGUGUUUGUUUGGAUCUAUGUUCUGGGCACCUGUCACAUAUUCAUUAUUAAGUGUAUUAAAUUCUGAAUAUUAUUAUUAUUUUUUAAAUCAAAUGUGAGAACAUGAUUGUGAUUUGUGUGAGCCGAGUGAGGACACAGUUACCAGUGAGGCACAGAGCAGCAUUAGUUCCAUUCAAAGCAGAGUAUUAUUGGCUGAUAGUAACAUCAGAGACUGCUGUGUGUAAUAAACAUUAUUUUGAGCUGUAAAUACUGCUGUCACUAUUAUUUUCUGUGCAUUUGUGUUUUCUGGAUCCUUCUGUUUGUAGGAAGAGACAAACCUGACUCUAGACUCACACCACACAUGUGUCUGUACACCUAAUCCACCCAUGUCUGUCUGUCUCUCACCCCCCUGUUUCUCUCUGCCCUCCUCCAUCGAGUGUCUUGACUCAACAUAUGAAGGAACUUUCCCUGGAGCCUACCAGUGAUGUAUUGCUGUAUGUUUAUAAUGACAUAAUAGUCAAUAAUAAUGUGUGAGAAACGAUGGAGUGGGGCUGGGGAGGGGUACUAUGGCCACACCUGUUUUCUGUGAAUAAAACAAACGUGCCUCAGGUUAUCAAUGAAUAAUUCAGAAGGCCAACUUCCUUACUACAUACACACUCUGCCCUCACCUGUGGAGCUCUGACUACAGACACACACUAACCUUUUUGCAUUUCUCAUAUUUGACAAACUCAUCUCUGGGCAGAUGAGUCUUGUUUUUGCUGUAUGGCGGUUUUGUGGGAGAGAAUAUACUUUUUACAAGAGGUUUGUGUUAUGGUAGGUUGAGUUGUAGUAGUUCAAUGUAGCGUUGUUUGUCAGUGAGGUGAGAGAAUCUCCUGUCACUCAGCGUAAAACUCUAGUAACUGCAGUAUGGUGUUGGCCCGGAGGAACAGCUGUGUAUGUUGGUUAGCUUGCUGGUCUAUAAGUACAGAAUGGACUGUAAUGGGUGUUUGUGUAAUUGAGGAAGAGUUUCUGAUCUUUUUUAAUGAAUAGUAUGUGCGCUGGUAGUCUCCCUUCUGGUGUGUGUUUAGAUGUGUGUUAGUGUGUACCUACUGUAUGUGUGUGUUUCUCCUUGCAGCAGUACUAUGGUGUCUGGUGCCAUAAUGCUGGCCUUCCUCCCCCUGGUGUUGACUUAUUCCCUACUACUACUACUUUGUUGUUCUACCGGGCGGUGCUGGUGAGGAUGUGAUAUGACUGUAAUACUAGGCUGAGCCGGGAAGAGAGGGCCUUUCAGUAUGUUCUGACCCAAGCCACCCCCGGCGACCCAGAAAGCAUCCUGAAAACCUUUGACCUCUGGUGCAGCAAGGUGGAGUUCAGCAGCAGUAUCAGCCCCAAGAAAGGUGACCCCACCUGACUCAAAUUCUUCUCCCUCUCUUCUCCAUCCACAUUUGCCUGUCUGACCACCGGAUUAUUUUCCGAGCACUGCCCUCCGACAGUGCUGGGUUCCCACUGUGGAUACAGCACACAGUGCGUAUCGCCUGGGCACCAGGCUCUACAGUGUGGAAAUGGAUGCAAGAAUCACUGCCAUAGCAGAGGUCACACGAGGCUUCGAAGAUGACACAGUGAGAGAGAGACACACAUAUCUAUUACUAAGACAUGCAAGGUUGGGUACAACUUACUUGUGGUUUUGUUGUCUGAGCCUCCUGCUGCCUUGACCCUCCUUAUCUCCUGCUGCCUUCUGCGUAGUGCCCCCUGCUGGUUGAAUAUCGCUCAGACAGCAUCUGACAUGUUUUAUACAAGUCUGUGUGGCAUCAAUAAAUCCAUUACAUACAUUA